AUGGAGCUGAGCUACGGCCUCUUCAUUUGCUUUCUGCUCUGGGGCAGCACAGAGCUAUGCUGCCCCCACCCCCUCUGGUUCCUUCAAGGUGGGGCCCAUGGCCCUGUGUCAUCUCUGCCAUCUGUGCUGGUGGAGUGUCUGGAGGCCCAGCUCGUGGUCACUGUUAACAGAAAUCUCUUUGGCACUGGGAAGCUUGUCAGAUCUUCAGACCUUACGCUGGGCCCUGAACAGUGUGAGCCUCUGGCCUCUGAGGACACCGCCGACGUGGUCAGGUUUGAAGUUGGACUACAUGAGUGUGGCAACCGUGUGCAGGUAACUGAUGAUGCCCUGGUAUACAGUACCUUCCUGCUCCACAAGCCCCGCCCUGUGGCCAACCAGUCCAUCCUGAGGACUAACCGUGCUGAGGUCCCCAUCGAGUGCCACUACCCCAGGCAGGUCAAUGUGAGCAGCUGGGCUGUGCUGCCCACCUGGGUGCCUUUCAGGACCACAGUGCUGUUCGAGGAGAAGCUGCCUUUCUCUUUGCGUCUGAUGGAAGAGGACUGGAGCACUGAGAAGAGGACUCCUACCUUCCAGCUUGGAGACACAGCCCACCUUCAAGCAGAGGUCCACGUGGGCAAUCAUAUGCCACUGCGACUGUUUGUGGACCACUGUGUGGCCACACCAACGCCAGGCAGGACUGCCUCCACUCAUCACACCAUCGUGGACUUCCACGGCUGUCUCGUGGAUGGUCUCUCAGACACGGCCUCAGGAUUCAGGGCCCCCAGGCCCGGGUCAGACACUCUCCAAUUCACCGUGGAUGUGUUCCACUUUGCUAACGACUCCAGAAACACGAUCUACAUUACCUGCCAUCUGAAGGUCACUCCAGCCAACCAAGCCCCAGACCAACUAAACAAAGCCUGUUCCUUCAGCAAGUCUUCCAACAGCUGGUCCCCAGUAGAAGGCACCAGUGACAUCUGUGGGUGCUGUAAUAAGGGGGACUGUGGUAUGCCAGGCCUUAUCAAGAGACUGCCCCCUGUAGACCAGCUGUCAGCAAACCAGUGGCAGAAAUCUACUUCCCGCAAACGCAGGAAUGUGGCAGAAGAAGCAGAUGUUACGGUGGGCCCACUGAUCUUACUGGACAAAUCUGACUACAGUAUGGACAGAUGGCCCUCUGCUGCUCACAGCUCCAUGACACUGGGCUUAGGCCUGGUCACAGCAGUGACCCUAACUCUAGCUGCUAUCGUCCUGGGUCUUGCCAAGAGACGGCAUGCUGUUUCCUACCCUGUGAUGGAUCCCGUGUCUUCUUCCCAAUAA